AUGUCCCUCGCACCCAAAUUCUCCGGCCAACUCCUCCCCCUCCACGACAGCACACCCCCGAAACCUGGCCAAACAUCCCAAAUCCCCCACACCCUCGAAAUCUACCUCGACUACGUCUGCCCCUUCAGCGCCAAACAAUUCCUCACCUUCUACAACGACGUCGUGCCGCUCAUAAGAUCCAAAUACCACGCCCCCGGCGUCCGCGUGAUCUUCCGCCAACAGAUCCAGCCAUGGCAUCCGUCAAGUACGCUGGUACACGAGGCGGGCGCGGCAGUCCUGCAGAUUGCGCCGGGCAAGUUUUGGGAGUUUAGUAAGGUGUUGUUUGAGAGGCAGGAGGAGUAUUUCGAUGUAAAGGUGGUGAAUGAGACGCGGAAUCAGACGUAUAAGAGGUUGGCGGAGUUGGCGGAGGAGACGACGGGGGUGGAGAAGGCGAAGGUGUAUGAGUUGUUGAGGGUUGGGGAGGAGCCGGACAAGGAUGGGGGAUUGAAUAUUGGGAAUAAGGUGACGGAUGAUGUGAAGUAUAUGACGAAGACGAAUCGGUUGGUGGGGGUGCAUGUUACGCCGACGGUGUUGUUUGAUGGUUGGCCUGAGGGGAGUAUUAGUUCGAGUUGGACGAAGGAUCAGUGGGCGGAGUGGCUGGAGAAAAACUUGAAGUGA